AUGAACUUUACCUUUCGACUGUCAGAAAAAACUGUCUUUGCCUCUUGUAUCAUUUUCUUCAUCUUCUUCAUCUUUUUCUUCAUCUUCUUCAUCUUCUACUUUGAGUUAUACCCAAUAUUGUUAUUCUUCUUCUUCUUCUUCUUCUUCAUCAUCUUCUUCUUCUUCUUCUUUGCAGCUCAUCUCUCUCUCUCUCUCUCUCUCUCUCUCUCUCUCUCUCUCUCUCUCUCUCAAACUCUCUCAAACUCUCUCAAACUCUCUCUCUCUCUCUCUCUCUCUCUCUCUCUCUCUCUCUCUCUCUCUCUCGCUCGGCGCUCUCUCUCAUCCUCGGAUGGGCAUGCACGAGGGCAGGCGUUGAGGCAGGCAUGCCGUCGCACAAGGCCCCGGCGUGAUGGCAAAUGCAGCAGAGGCCCUCUCCACCUGUGCCGGGAUCCUGGAACAGAACCAACGCCUUCUCUAGACCAAGCGCCCUCUGGCAGUACCGAGGAAGCUGUCGACGCUGGUGACUGGCACGUGGAUGAUGAAACGCUCACGCCAGCUGAACCCAGCCCCCUCGACCAAGCCCCUCCGCACAUCUCCACCCGCGCGCGCGAUCGCACGCGUCGCCAGCAUGCCGCUUACGGCGCCCCCGCUGCCCCGCGGUCUUCGCGGAGUGUAGCCGCAACCCGGGCCUCAACUCGUGGCCGUGCUAGGGCCGGUUCCACGCGUGGGCGUGCCACGCCAACCGCGCCCACGCCCGCUAUCCAGCCAAGCCGCUCCACUCGGCGUGGUGCUGCUGCCACAUCGAGCAGAGGAAGCCGCACCAACCUCGCUCGAAAAAGCCAGCGAAGGCCUGGCGACCCUGCCAUGGCAUCCUCGAGCUCAACCGGCUCCACCGCAAACGAAAACUCGCGUGCCUCGCGCUCGGGUGUCUCUGCGACCAAACCAUCAGUACAGGCCGGCACUCGUGCCCACGCUGGCGCUGCCGCCACCGCCAACAAAUCAAUAUCCAAGCCUGGACCUACAUCUGCGCCUGGACGCGCAAGUCCCCCAAAUGAUGACAGCUCUGCGCCAAAACAUCUGGCAGACCUAACGAUUCGCCUUCCUAGUGGCCUGCGCCAUGAGCUCAAGCGAUAUGAUGAUUGCAUGCGCAGCCUGGUGGCGACCUGUCAAGACGACUUGUUGGCGCAAGACGUGGAUCGUGAGGGCCAGGCUUUUCUUGCGAGCUUUGACGAACCCUCCCCGACCCAUCUCCUCGAGCAGUUGCUAGCUGAGAAUGAGCAACGCCUGCCUUGUGAGCUGGUGGCUGCAACGCAGGAGGUCAUCGCCAACGCCAAACUGACGCAUACCACCCCCGAUGCAACCGAUGCCAGCGACACGACCGCCGAAGACUCGGCACUAUGCACCUUGCCUCAACCUGCCGCUGCCUACUUUACCACUUCCCUUUCCGAGAGCGAGUGCGAAACAUAUGUGCACUCGAUUCUGCACCAAGCACGCACUGAGGGCGACGCGCCCAACAUGAUCAGUCAAGGCAAGUCGCGGGACUUGGGCGCUGCACAAGUGGCACCAGGCCUCGCUCGCCACCGACUCGCGCCCGGCUUACGCCGCAGCGCCUGGCUACAUCCCGUCUCCUCCUGGAUGGCCUCUUCCGCUGCUGAUGCAGGCAACAUGAAUGACACCACGGCACAGCUGGCCACCUUGCAGGAGGAUUGUGCUGCUGAUACAGAUGCCCUCAGCACGGCAGCCUCCAUGCUGGCAGAGGCCAAUGAUGCUGCUACGCUCCGGGCCUAUGCUGGGAUUCAGCGCUGUCUGUAUGCGUUUGAGCACCCUGAAGCUCGUGAUCGACCCAUUUUUGUGGCCGACGCGGUUGAGUAG